CGGAACGAAUGCGUUCACAUCUGCCCGUGGUUCUCUUGACUAAUGGUGAAGCACAAAGGCGGCGGGAGUGCAGCCCGCUACAACGCCACUGCAUCCAAGCCGUCGCCUGCAGAUGAUGAUAUUGUGGUUUUCAGCAAAGGCGGCGGGAAGAGUGGCGGCGACAAGAAGGUGACUGAGUGUUCAGCACACCCAGACGCACAGCUGACAUGAAGAAAACAUGGCAGAUCUUACUGACUGUUUCUGUGUGCUACGCUGCUUCUGCAGGAGCGUGAUGUGCCAGCCAAGCCGAAGCCACCAUUGCCCGAGAAGCGCGUCCACGAGAAAUGGCCAAAGCAGCUGCUGCACGAGAUGUGUCAAAAGACGAAGCGUCCGAACCCACAGGUACACAACCUUCCUUGCUUGACACACCCGUCUCGCUGCAUGCGUGUGUGCGUGUGUGUGUGCGUGUGUGCGUGUGUGUGUGUGUGUGUUCUCUCUGCAGUACCAGAUGCGCAAGUCGCCGCCAGGUCAGUUCUGCAUCGAGUGUGUGCUGACCAACCCCAAGGACAGGGAGAAGACUGAGCGAUUCCGGCCUGAGGAGGCAUACGAUGACAAGUUCGAUGCUGAGAACUGCGCCGCCCUGCUGGCCUUGGUACGCGACGCACGCGCACACAAGUAACCGCCGCGCAUCAAGGUGCCUUUGUCUGCUGUGUGUGGGUGUCCCCAACCCAAACAGCAUCACUACAAAAGCGACAUCCCUCUCGAGCGGCUUCUGCCCGAGCGCUACCGGCCUCUCUGGCUGCAGCUUAUCGGAGCGACUCAGCAAAGCCAGCCGAGCGGCGGUGGGCCGAGGCAAGAGGGGCAGCCGGCAGACGAGAGCAAGGCCAAGGGGAAGAAGGGUUGGGCCAAGGCAGCCAGUGCCAUCGCAACAGGCAACGGUGCUGCUGCUGCUGCUGGUGCCGGUCCUCCCUCCUCUGCCAGUCAGCCGAGCGAUGCAGCGCCUGACCCACCGGCCCGUCCCGCCCUCCCUGCGCAGCUGACAAGGGCCAACAAGCACGUGUCUGAGUAUACGCGUCAGCAGCACGCGGCAAAGCGGGAUGCUGAGAGAAAGAGAGGUGCCCGAGAUCGAGAGACCGCCAUCUAUCACCGGGAGAGUGGUCGAGCAAGGGUACAGAUGAGCUCGACCGUGCGGCAGCGUGUGAGGCAGCUGCUACAACAGCUGCUGCCCGGCCGCGGAGAUCUGGUGCAGCCCGUCUUGACGCUGCCAGCCCCUCAAAUCCGAUCGAGACUCGCCCACGACCCCCGCGCUCUGGCAGCCGUGCGACAGCGGCUCUCCUCUUUCGGCUUUGAUGCCUCCCAAGUAGAGAUGGCCAUCACAUACGUCACGGAAGGGGUGGAGGACUGCGGCGCUCAAGGGCGGAGGGAGCGUCUCUCGGAGAGGGCGCUGGGUGUGGCUAUGGACGCGUGUGUGGACUUUCUGGUGAUGAACGUGGCCGAGAGUGCUGUUCCUGCGUCGUUCAAUCCCCACGGCAAGUCGGUAGAGGUGGUCCUGGCCGGCAACGAAGAUGUGGAGCUGCGGACAUCCGAUGAAGACGGCGAAGACGAGAGGGAUGGAGGCGAGGAUACGGAUCUCGAUGUGCCCGCCUUCCUGGCCAGCGUGGCUUCUGCGGCCCUUCCCUCAACCCAGGAGCUGUCGCUCAGCUGCGACUCGUUGCUCAUCUCCGUCCUGCCAGCGGCGAGUGGCGACCAGCCGACCCCUGCAACUGUCCAUAUGGGGCUGUUCCGCUCUCUCGUCGGUAGCCUAGGUCUUUGGGGGUGGGUCGAGCCGGCAGUGAAGGAGUGGGAGGACCGUGGCAGACAGAAUGACGUCCUUGGCCUGAUUUGGAGCAUGUACAGAGACGCGGUGCUCGAGGCGGCGUCGCGCAUCAGCGGACACAAUCUUGUGGAUGUUUAUGUGACUCCCGGCCCUGCGUGCCCCCCGCCAGAAGACGAGCCACUGGUGCUCGAUUCCAUGUAUCCUGAGUCUGUCUUCACGCCGCUCCCCAGCGAAUCUGACCCUUCACCCUCCCCCCUCCCUGCCGAAGGCUUCCCGGUCUCCGAUGGGUUCCAUUGGGUGGUCCGGAUUCCCGACCUUCACAACAGCUCCCACGUCCUAUGGCUUCAUCUGUUAUCCCCUCCCCACGCACCCUACCCCUCCACCCCUCAUCUCGCGUGGGUCAGCAACCGGCGUGGCCUCUCCCUCGACUCUGUCAGCCACCCUGAGAGCGAGGAGGCUUUACGGGCAACUGGCGAGAAUCUGCGGCUGACUGUGGGGAUGCUCGCUGACAUGGCCGCACAGCUGGACGGACAGGGGGAGACGGCGUACGGCGAGGGUCACGGCAUAGCGAUGGCGACGUGGCUGGCUGAGUCGGCACAGGCCGUGGUGCACGAGGCAUUCCCGCAGAGAGGGGAAGCGUAUUUGCGAGACACCUGGAGGGCGGGGGUCGGAUUCAUGUCGACUGACGACGUGGGGACGAGCACCGCGGACGGCGAGGCAGAGCGGAGAUCAUGUCAUGAGAAUGAGCCACCUGCGGCGAACCGUGAGCCGGCGGGCAUGGACCAAGGCCAGGCAUCGGAAUCUCGGGAGCCCCCACGAGAGCCGUCAAGCCGUCCAGGAGUGCCACUCAGGAACGAGCUGACAGCGUCGAUCAGGGAGCGAGUGACAAAGGGCAUGACCACUCAGGUGACCAGGACGGCUAUGCAGCGUCUCAACACGCGCAAGAGGGCCGCAGAAAUAGUCACUCUGCUGGAGGGGCAGCGGGGGGAGGCAGGUCAUGGCAGCCGCGUUCUCGUGCUGCAGGUAAUUAAUUGAGUAUGGUCGCACUCACUGGUGUGCAUAGAGAGAGGCAUUUCUGUUUGUCGCUCUCGCAGGGUGAAACCGGGUGUGGCAAGACGACACAAGUGCCUCGAUUGCUUCUGGAGGAGGCCGUCACUCGAGGAUCGUCCGAUGCCCUCAUCCUGUGCACACAGCCGAGACGAAUCGCCGCCAUCUCCGUGGCCGACCGGGUCGCCUUCGAGACGGGUACGUACCUGUGUGGCUGGGGAGGGAGCCAAACAGGUGAUGAAUAGGUGCUGUCAUGGGGGGUAUGGGUGUGUCAGGCUGCGACGUCGGUGAUGUGGUCGGGUACCAAGUGCGGCUGCAGAGGCUGGCUGGCGAUCAGACGCGGCUUCUCUACUGCACCAAUGGCAUCCUACUCAGGUGGAUGACCACCGACAGGGCGCUUCGGGGGGUGACACACGUGGUGCUUGACGAAGUGCAUGAGCGGUCAGUGGAGAUCGAUCUGCUCUUGCUUCUCCUCGCCAAGGCACUCCACCUCAACCCACAAGUAGGCUAGCUAGCUGGCUGAUCAUGAUGACACACACGCACACACAGCCGACUCGACUCGACUUACACCUCACUCUCUAAUUCCCUUGGUCUGUCUCCCCGGUCAGCUCAAGGUGUGUGUCAUGUCCGCCUCCCUCGCGCCAGAUCUCUUCGUCAACUACUUCAAGCGAUGCGGCCACUCCACUGCCUCCCUCAUCAUCACUGGGCGAAAAUUCGAGGUCACCCACCACCACGCUGACGACAUCAAAAGGAUGCUCUACGGCGAGACGGGAGACGACACACCAGAAGGAGCACAGGCGGAGGAUCACGCCCACAGAGACGACACAUGGGAGGAGCCGCCAGAUGCCUGGAGUGAGACGGGGAGUGGCAGUGGCACUGGCAGCUCGGAUGAGUCAGCGAGCGACGAGCAGCCGAACAGGCCACGAGGGAGGGAGAGGCCUGCAGUGCCGAAGCCCACAUCGGGCAAGGGUCCCGCCACCAGUCGAGACCCCAGGCAGGUGUUCGGCAGCCACAACGUGCUCGGCGUCAUACGCGACUGCGUGUCGUGGGUUCAUGAGCGUCACCCGAUCGAGGCGGCUGUGCUGAUCUUCGUGGCUGGCAUACAGGACAUCACGGCGGUGUGUCGACACCUGAGGGCGGCGGAUGGGGGCUUCCAUGUUUUGCCCUGCCACGGCAGCCUCCCGCCAGAACAAAUGAGGCAGGUGCGGUGGGCAGAGAGAACAGCAUACAUAAGACACACAAAUGCAAUCAAUACGGCGCAUGCCAUUCGCCUUGUGUUGUGUGGUGUCCGUCCGUCGGUCCCUUGCUCUCUGCUGUCAGGUCUUUGUGCCCCCUCCCAAAGGUCGUCGAAAGAUCGUAGUGGCCACCAACGUCGCCGAGACCUCCAUCACUAUCGAAGACGUGCGGGCUGUCAUCGACUCGGGACGGCAGAAGCAGAUGCAGUGGGACGCCGUCCGGCGGAUGGCCUCGCUCAAGGAGACCUGGGUCUCACAGGCAUCUGCCAUCCAGAGAGCUGGCCGAGCGGGGCGCGUUGCUGAGGGCGUGUGCUUCAGGCUAUACUCGCGGGAGGAUUAUCGACAGUUCGAUGAGUACGAGGCCCCCGAGCUGCAUCGUCUGAGUCUGGAAAACACAUGUUUGACUCUCAAGGUGAGUGACAAAGACGCGUGACACGACCCACACACGACCAAUAAUCACUUCUCCCUCUGUGGUGUCAUUGUUAGACCAUCUUCCCGAAGGUGGGCCUCUCGUCCCUUCUCAGCGAGUGCCUCGAGCCUCCUAGCGACAUCAGCGUCAGCGCAGCCAUCGGCUCACUCAAGGCGCUUCGUGCCCUCGAAGAUCUCGAUGUGGAUGAGGGCGGGGCAGCCGAGAGGCCGCCCAACGAGCGCCUCACGCCUUUGGGAGCAGUGAUGGGUCAGCUGCCAAUGGACGUCAGACUGGCCAAGAUGCUGGCAUUCGGCGCAUUGUUCGACUGCCUGCCGCCACUGCUGACCAUCGUUGCACUGAUGUCGUGUGAGGACCCCUUCCUGUCGCCCCCCGACCGACGUGAAGACGCCAAUCGGAGCAGACAGGUGGGGGAGUUGAAGGAGAUAAGCGCAACAUACGUACCGCACCUCACAGAUGUGGUAUUGUAUGCUCUGUGGUUUGAUUGCCGUCCGUGCACGGCCGUGCAGGUCUUCUCCAACAACCAGUGCGACUUCAUGACCAAGGUCCGGGCGUACAGCUGCUGGGUCAAGGAGCACCGCAGGGGCCGUCAGGAGGAGGCCAGGUUCUGCGAUGCCUUCUUCAUCAGCAGUCAGCGCAUCAACACCAUCCACGACCUCCGCCGCAACUUCGCCAUCCAGAUCGCCGCAAGCGGCCUUCUCUCCUCGCGGCCGCACCACACACGCAGGGCAGCGAGUGGUCAUGAUGUGGAGGGCGACCCAGAGGAAGACGACCAGUUGGCGGAUCUAGGGCUGGAGGAGCCGGAGCAAGACGUGGACACGGCCACUGGGGGAGCGGGGGAAGAGACGACGAGAGAGCGCAUCGCCGCAUCGCUGGUCAAGGCAUGUGUCGCUGCCGGACUGUAUCCCAAUUUCGCGUGGGUAAAGAACCCGCCUCCAAAAUAUCAGGUGAAUGAAUUACCCUGCGUGCGUGCGUUUGUGCGUCUUGUGCAUCCUGCUCCCACUUGUCUCGCUGCGCCCAUUUGUCUAUGCGCGUGUGUGUGUGCACAGGAAGGAACGUCUGGCACCAUUCGAAAGGCCCCAUCUGCAAAGGAGCUCAAGUUCUACUGCCGGCCGGUGGACCUCAAUCCCUCAUCGAAGGCACCCUCUCCCCCGCCCGAGCUGCCGCUGAAUCGCGUGUUCAUCCACCCGUCAUCUGUCAACUUCCACGAGGGCAGCUUCCACACACAGUGGCUGGCCUAUCUGGACCUCGUCGAGACCACCAAGCCUUUUGUGAGGACCACCUCUUCCGUGUCUGUCUUCUCCCUCCUGCUCAUGAUCGGCGCUCGUCUGCGCAUUGGCCCUGCCCGCGAGCCGCCCCCGUUUCUCAAGCAGUCCAAGAGCUACAGGUCCUUCCGCCAUCUGUUCGAGUGCACCCAGCUUCUGGUGGACGAAUGGCUGCAGCUGAGAUGUCCCGGCGUCAUCGGAGUCUAUGUGCGGCUGCUCAAGGAGCUGCUGCAGGCCGCCCUACAGUCCCACUUCGCACGGAUGCUUGGCAGGACGGGUGUGCCGACGAGUGGGUCGGACGGUGCCUGUGUUGCAUGCUGCCCUGCUGUGCAGAGGAGGAUCUUGGAUGUGGUGGAGGGUUUGGUGGGGAGUGAGGGACAUCGGCUGUUGUAGGCAGGCAGAGAUGUGUCAUGGGAGACGAGCAAGGUUGCCGUCCAGUGCAAAUGCAUAAAUGAAAUCGCAUCAAUUGGUCGCC